AUGGAUGCCCUUCUAAUAGUGACAACUCUCGCCUGGGCUUGGCUCCCGGUGCAUUGGCACCUGACCAAGUCCGAUUGGCCACAGCUUUGCGAAUGGAUAAGGCACUGGCUGAAGCCACUGGAUAAGGAUCAGCAGAAAGAGCAGCGAGUGGAGGAGGAAAUGAUGAAGCUGCGACAGAGGAACUACAAGUUGCUCACCCGGUGCUUUUCUCACCUGGGCCUCGUGAUCUUUGUUCUCCUCCACGAUGCCAUCGCCGCCCCGGGCUUUAAUACCAUUUGCUUGGCUGUUUGUUGGCUCUUGGGCUAUUUGCAGCACUUGCUGGUGGGGGGAGGUUGGGUGGACUUAACCGCACGACGGCUGAAGCUCUUGAGCUACUUCUUGCAUGGGAUGUUGCUCAUGAUCCAAAUAAGCGAGGCGGCCACAACUGCGAAUGCACCAGUCUCGGGGCCAGUGGACUUGUGCCAUUUUGCUUUCAUGGAGGGCCUUUACACCACCAUACGCUUUUGGCUGAUCUUUGCAUUCCUCGACCCCGGGACCUCUGUCCCUUUCCAGUUGCUCUUCACGAUCACAAAUGCUCUGACCUACCUGGUGGUCUUCGGCUCGAAGGUGCCUGUGGGUUUGCUGUGCUUCGGUGAAGUUUUCAUCUUCAUGGUGGGUGUGAUCUCCUCGAUUUUCAUUGACAUGGUCCUGCGCGAGCGGAUCUAUGCGAUGCUCGACACUGCAGACGCGGAGUCCUUAAUUUGCGGCUUCCGGCGGGUCUUGCGGGGACUGUGCGAUGGUGAGGUGCUGCUGGACAGUCACAUGACAAUCGCCCAGGAAAGUGAAUGCUUGAAACACUUGAUUUUGACUGAUGUGAGCCUCAAAGGGAGGUGCUUUGGGCAGUUGUUGGCGGAUGAGGAACGCACUCGCUUUGACGAAUUUGUAGACUCCUCCACCAAAGCAUUUGGCUUGCCCGAAUCCAAGCAUUCAGCUCCUCCUUUUUGCUCACGGGUCUCUUUCCGUGGAUCGGCGGGCAUCCGAGUGGCAGCAGAUGUCUACCAUGUGCCGGUGCCAGGGCUAUUCGGCGCCAGCGAACCACAUCACCUCAUCGCCUUCAAGGAGGACACUGAAUCGCGUCCACAGCCUGAAGCUGAAGAAGGUUCUGUUCCUGCAGAACUCCUGCGUCGCAUCAGCCCUUUGCAGUAUCGACCGCCCGACACGGCUUCCAUUGUCUCGGGGAGCAGCAGAGCUUCGAAUUCGGACUCAUGUCGCGAACUGCGAGAGAUGACGUUGCUGAUCAAUGCGGAGACCGAACUGCAAGAUGUGGAAGAGGCGCAUUUGAGGUAUCGGCGUGAUGAGGAGCCCGCUGACAUUGCCACAGCCUUGCAGUCUGGUAUGCCCAGCUUGCGAAAGAUGGUGAAGCCUACAGAUUGGGAGAAGAUGCGAUCCAGCGUGGUGAGCUUUGCAGAGAGGGCCUCGCAUGAUCCGAGGAUCCAACCCAAAGUCAUAAAGCGAAUGACCUUGGAGUGGCCUGGAAGCGGGCGGCUCAUGGCAGAAGAGGCUUUCAUCAAGAGGGCCGGCACAGAGCCGAAGGUCUGGUUGCACGUGACCAAAUUGCAUCCCGAACGGCGAUGGGCACGGCCGGUGGUUUUGGAGGGCAUUGAGGAGAUCGGGGCACCAAACUGCACCGGCAGGACACAUCGUCCUUGA